UAACCAGUGGAGGGCAGCAAUGUACUGACUGUGCCCAGUCUACAACAACAACAAGAUGGUAGAAGCUAGCUCUGUUAGCCUAACCUAAACAUUUUCUCUGUUUUUGUUAGCGAAACCGUUGUUAUUUAACUUAAUAGUUGCAGCUGAAGAUGGGAAAGCGAGACAAUCGAGUGGCUUAUAUUAACCCUAUUGCAGCGGCACGAGCAAGGGGUCCAGUGCAGAGUUCAGGGCCCAGCAUACAGGACUACUUGAGCAGACCACGUCCAACAUGGGAGGAACUAAAAGAGCAACUAAAUAAAAAGAAAAAGGGCUCUCGUGCCUUAGCUGAUUUUGAAGACAAAAUGAAUGAGAGAUGGCGGAAAGAACUGGCAAAGAACAGGGAAAAGAUAAUUGGGGCAAGGGAGAAUCAAAAGGAAAAGAAAGCCACAGAGCAUAGGGACAAGGACAAGCGAGAGAAGAAGAAGGAGAAGCGGCAGUGCAGCAGGCACUCUUCAUCAUCCUCCUCCUCCUCGUCUUCUGAUUCCUUCAGUAGCCCUUUGUCCCAAUCUGAAGAUGAGGAUGAAAAGCCUGUUAAAAAGAAAAGAAAAAGAAAACGGUUGGCAUCAGACUCUUCAGAAGAAGACUCCAAUGUUGAAACCAAGGAGUCCAAAAAGAAGAAAAGUGAAGGAAGGGACAAGAUUUCUGACAAAUCCAAGAAAAAGAAGAAGAAGCAUAAGAAUCGCAACAAGAAAAAGCAAGUCAAGGUCAAGGUUCAGUCAGACUCAGAAUUUGAGUAGUGCACACAAGGGUGUGUUCAUGUGACCUCAAGACAAUCUAGAAUCCCUGUAGUGUAGAAUUGAGUUAGAGGGCAGGUCAGAAUUCUAUGGUGGAAUGUGUUAUUUUAACUGGUCUAGCUGUCUAGCUGGUCUAAACAAAAACUGGUACUAAGUUCAACGUCUUAAGCAUACAUUUUUGUGGAGCCUAUCCAUAAAAAUAAUGGAAAAUGGGGAUGGAUCUUGUGCUACAAGUUCUCACUAAAAAACAUGGGACAAAGUUGUGCACACAUUUUUUACAUUUGCCACAAAAAUAGGUUUAAAUUUGCCGUUGUAACAACAAACUCGUGAGAAGCUUAUUCCGAAAAACACUGCUACAAUUUUUUUAUUUUAAAUAAUUUCAAAAUCUUCUCCUGUCUAAUUUUUGGGAUGCCAUGUCUUGUCAGUUAUAAUGACAUUUGAAGAAGCAUACAUUUUUAUAUUUCUUAAAAAACAAACAAACAAACAAACAAAAAAACCAAACAAACAACAGAAUAUCCAUUAUAGACCCCUGCCCUCCAUCUGAAAUUGUGACAGCAUCAAAUUCUAGAACAUGAACGCUGCCUAAUUAGCUGUAGGGCUGUUUGCUAGUGCCUGUAUGCUGCAUGUGAAUCCAUCCUCACAUACUUUCUGAAUACAACAGAAACAGAACUACCAGCUUGUAUGUGUAAAGGUGCACUAUGUAACUUGUUGGUUUGGGACUAAUGUGGGAGUAUAAUCACUCAUUUAUAAGUCUUCUGUUCAAAAAUAACUUGGAAACAUGCAUUUUGAGUGUGAGCAGGUCCACACUGUGGCGUGCGAUUCCCCAGAAGUUACAUAGUGUACCAUUUUUAAUGAAUAUCUGCUUCUUCUUUGUUCUGUAUUAUCUUUUCCUCAGAUUUCAGUCAGUCUAGAAAGCGCAAUCUUUUUUUUUUUUUUUAAGUUUCUAUAUUUCUAUUACGUAAUCUAGGUCUCAAAUUUUAUUGUAUUUUCUGCUCUGUGUUACAUUGAGGGAUUUAAAAACAUUUUCAGAAAAUGUGAAUUAGUCUGUUAGUGGUGUGCUGUUUCACUUUACGUCUGAAUUAAUGAAUCCUUCCCUCUUGACCAUCUUACUUUUGUUUCAAACUUACCUUGAAGGUUGUUUAUAUUGUCAAUAAGUAAGGGGUGGAGUUUAGAGCUGGUAUUUUAAUUUGAGAAGGUUGUGUUUAAGUAAGUGGCCAUAACUUGCCUGAAAUAAUGCCAAUAUUCCAGAACUAUGGUUCCACUGUCUCUGUAAUCCCUCAUUCAGGUAAGUUCCAUUUAAAAAUACAUUUUGAUUCUGUCAACUGGACAAAAGUUUUAAAGAGAAUAUGUUUAACCACUCAUUCAUGUGGUUUCCUCAGUUCUGCCCUGUUACUUACCAGUAUCCUGGCAAAUAUCAGGUUUGGAUGAGUGGCAAAAUGGUUUCACUCCAUAUCGUUUGGCUAUUGCUCAACUGUUGUCAUGAAUGCGGCUUAUUCUCUACCACAAAAGGUGUAUGUGUAAAUCUUAUAAUUUGAUUGUGUAAACUAAAUGGGUACUGUUAAAAAUAUCUUAACCAUUAACAAUCCUAAAAUCUAUUAACUUAUUAACUUUAGAUACACUUGGAUUCAUAAUGCAUAAAAGUCACAACCCCUUUUUUCAUAUUUUUGCUGUAUUGAAAUGCAUUAGAGGUUUGUCUGCAAAUUGUUGCACAUACAUGUCUUAAAAUAUUUACAAGAAAUUGUAUCAUUUUUAAGUUUCUGAUUUUAAUUUCAUAACUACUUCAUACUAUUUUUGUCAAAAUGCUCUCAUGUGGUUAAACAAUAAAAAAAAUAACACAUUCA